CUGCAAUCAAGUCACGUUCGCUAUAAAAACGUUGGCCACUCUUGGCUUUAGGCAUCACUCCGUUAGGUGACUUAGAAACGCACGCAAGCAUUCCACCAUGAAGUUCAUUGUCCUGGCUGUUCUGAUCGCUGUCGCCUCCGCCAAUUCCUACAAGCCCGUUGAUCCCAGAUACGAGGCACCGACUUACCCCGCCCAGCCGUAUAGUUUCGGUUAUGACGUCAAGGAUAAGGAGACCUACACCGAUUUCGAACAUGCCGAGAAAGCUGACGGCAAGGUGACCAGCGGUUCUUAUCGCGUUGAUUUGCCCGACGGUCGUAAACAAACUGUGAGGUACACGGCCGAUGAUAAGGGAUACAAUGCUGACGUUCAGUUCGAAGGUGAAGCCCAGUACCCCGAAUACAAUCCGCCAAAGUACGCCAAAGCUAGUCCCUACACCCCUGUGUACUCUUCUCCAGUGUACAACGCCCCCGCUUACGCAGGUCUCUCCUUCCCUGCCUACAAAACGCCUACCUACCCCGCCUUCCCCUUAGUCUAAUUCCCAAAUGAAACACUUCAACUUAAAGUGGGCAAAUGAAAGUUGAAAGCUAAAGUCCUAAACAUGCCUUUAUAUUUGAAAAGAUGCAACUCGCAUGGCCGAUUAUUUAUUGAAUCCUGUAAAUAAAAAUCCUUACGGAGAA